UCGUUACCUUUCCCGCUCACUCUAAUUCCCCCAAUUCUGUCUUUUCUAGCCCCUUUUCUAGCACCUAGUUUUAAUUUAGAAGCUGUAGUACAGAAAUGUCUAAGCGAAAAUCAUAUAUGGACCAUCAAGGUAUACAGAGAGUAGGUUUACCUGACAAGGUGUCUGAUUGGGAAAGAUAUCAUCUUGAAGACCUGAACAUUUUUUAUGCCGAAGACUUUGCUAAUGACCCAUCAGAAAUACUAAAACAGAUAAAAACUCUGACAGAUUUCGACGAAGAUCAACUAUCAUAUAUUCAUUCUGUAAAAGAAUUGUUGAAGUUUGAUGCAUCAGUGUUAAAGUUGAAGUUUCAAAGAUCAGUGGUUGAGACAAGAAUAUCUUUAUUAUAUGAGAAACUAACAAAAGAUCCGAACAUGAUAAUUACGAUGAAAGAAGCUUUUGUUUUACAAAAAGUAAAGCGCUUUGUUGCUGCUUAUGACAGACUUUUAUCUGAUAUACAAGAUCAUCAUAGACAAUUAAAAUCGUAUGAAGGAGUUUUCUCAAAAUUUAUUUGUGGCUUUGCAGAUUUAUGCUGUCUAGAAACAGUGAAUAUUUCAAAACCUGAGCAGACAACAUGGACUAAUUUGAGAGGAAUGACAGUCAGAUCAAAUGCAGAUUUUCAUCUCUUUAAACUUGGACUUAAACAGGAAAGAACAGACACAUGUGUUUCGAUUGUAAAGGUAAAGAACAUAAAGACAACAAAAAGAAAUGAAGAAAGACAGCAACAAAGGAGAAAAAGAAUGAAAAGUUCCACAUUGGACAUCAGCCAAUCAUCUUCUGAUACCUCUGACAGCAGUACUGACUCAGAAGGAUACAAAAAAAGGAGACCAGUAUACAGCACUGAAGAUAAACAUGCACCACCCCUUAUACUUGAUAUAACAAAUGAAAGAGUUAUAGGACAGCAUGGUGGGGAACUUCUUCUGAAUUUGAACAAAUUCUAUGGAGAUUUGGAAACUGAUAGUCUUAAACUACUAGGGAUGAUUGUUAUUGAAACAUCUGUAAUAUUCACCCUUUUAGAAAUGUCAAAGAAACAUUUAGAAAAGCUGAAAAAUAAUGAAGAAGUUGAGAAUGAAGACGAGGCUACAAUUUACUAUUCACCACCCUAUGACAUUCUUUGUGAAGAAUCUCGAAAUAUCUUAAUAGAAAAUUUUAUGAGACUUAAUAAUGUAUAAAAAAUGCUAUAUGUUACAAAGUGUCAGUCUGUCAUAUUUCAGUUGUCCUUGGCCUCAUUUUCAUUGUUCAGCGGCU